CAACAAAUGGCGAGCACUCGCAUCGUAAUAGUAGGCGCAGGGGCCGCGGGUAUCUCGGCCGCCUCCCGCCUGAUCGAGAACGGUUUCAGUAACUUCGUCAUUUUGGAAGCCGAGGACCGAGUCGGCGGCCGAAUCUGUACGAGACGCCUAGGUGAUGGGGUAGUCGAUUUGGGAGCGCAGUACUGCAUCAAGGAUAGCGUCGUCCAUCGCUUGGUGAAGGAUCUGGAUCUGUUGGAGGAGAGGAACGUCUCGACGCACGUGUACCACUCCCAAAACGGCAGGUUGGAGGAGAGUUUUGUGAAAAAGCUGCAGGACAAGGUUGCCGAAUUGUAUCACCGAGGCGAGGUGAAGAACGUUGAGUGGAAGCAGUACCUUGAGGACCAUUUUGACGAUGAGUUCACCAACCUCUUUCACGACGAGCGCGAACGGUUACUCGCGAAGGACAAUUUCGACUUUGUGAAGAAGCUCAUGCUGCGUGGUACUGGAUCGAUUUGUCUGAACGGAGUAUAUGGUGCGGCCAGUGGGGAAUUUACACGUGAUUUCAGCCUCCAAUGGAAAACGCACGGAUACCAAGUGUUUCUAAAUUUCCUAAUGAAGAAACAUCGCCGAGCUCUUCAGUUUGACAGCAAGGUCAUUUUGAAGAGCGAGGUUACAAAAAUUGAGUGGGGAGGAGAAUGUGGAGCAAAGGUCAUCUGUACCAAUGGAUUGCAGUAUUUGUGCGAUUGCGUAAUCGUAACCGUGUCUUUAGGGGCGUUGAAGGAGCAACACAACACACUUUUUUCACCCGCACUUCCGACGAGGAAACAAAAAGCCAUCGAGAUACUAGGAUUUGGGUCCAUCCUCAAAGUGUCCUUUUGCUUUUCCAAGAAAUGGUGGUCGGACAACGACUUCGCAUUCGCAUGGGGCGAAAAGGACUUGAAGGACGCGCUGAGAGAGGGCGAGCACCCCUGGAUGACCAACUGUAUGGGAUUCUGCCUGGUUCCCAAUAACUCCAACGUCCUAACGACAUGGUUUGUGGGAAGCUACCUCGCAACGCUUGAGACCAUCAGUGACGGUGUGCUUUUAGAUGGCGCUCACUGGUUAUUGCAAAGAUUUCUUGGGGGAACCUUUCGAAAUAUCACCAAACCCGUAAAGCUGGAGCGCAAUAGCUGGUGCACCAACCCCCAUUUCGGCGGCAUGAUUUCCUACGAAACCUUGGACAGCAUACGGUGCGGAGUAACUGGAGAAGUUUUAGCGGAAACUUUGGUUUCGAAAGUCGGCACUCCUCAACUUCUGUUUGCCGGCGAGGCUACGAAUAAGGUCGGCUAUGGAUCGGUUAACGGUGCCGUUUUGUCCGGUUUCAGGGAAGCAGAUAAAAUUAUAAACUUUUAUAAACUUCCCUGGAUCCCAAAUCCAAAAUUCCAAUACUAGUGCCGGAUCAGGGGUUCCCAAAUUUAC